AUGGACGCUGUCGACCAAGAAGCCGACAUUGAUCGGAAAGACCGCAAGCCGGCGAAGCGUUCAAGGAAGUACCAGAUCAAGGCAGAAGGACAGGCUUCGUUUUGGAACGAGGCAACGACGAUUGCCGAACUGCGUUGCGAGCUCAGCGUUUCGAUGGAGCGAGAGUUUACAGUCCUACAGAUCCAAGACAAGCUUGCAAAGCUCAAGACUGAAUGGUCCAUGUCGAAGCCAAGUUUGCCGGCUCCAACUGGAAACGUGAAAAAGGUGGCCCUCCCACAGUUUUACGAUGUGAUGCUUGAGUACUGGGGUGAGAAAGUCGGAUUUCAGCGGGAGUCAUUGAUGUCAACGGACGACGCCAACGAUUAUGAUGGCGGCGCGAUGGAUCCAGCUGAAAAAUCGCAUGUAUCUGUGUCACGACGCCCUGGUGACGCGAUUGAGGCCGGGCUCAACGCAGUGAAGGAGGGUCUCAUGUUUUUGGGCACAUCGAUGGCCAGUGUACAACCACCCGCCCCAAUCGCUAGCUCAGGCACGAGUUUGGAUGAUGUUGUCCGUGCGCUAAAUGCGCAAGUGGCAACAAUGGACAGGUUGCUUGCUCAUAUUGCAGAAAAGUAUCCUGAAUAG